UGGCAGUCAUAGUGAAAUGGCGCGGAAGUACGCCCUGCUGGUGAUCGACAUGCAGCACCGCUUUCGAGGCAUGGCGGAAUCGAUGGGGAUCAUCCCGCGUGUGGUGAAGCUGGUGAAGCACUGCCACGAGAUGGGCGUGCCCGUCGUCUUCACCCAGCACCACGAUGUGAGGGGAUCCGGGUCGAAGGUCCUCGAGUGGUGGAAUGACCCCAUCAUCAAAGGGAGCGAGGACUGGGAGCUGCUCCCGGAAAUGAAGGAAGUACUGGACCCGGAAAAGGACAUCCGGAUCCAGGAGAAAACCAAGUACGACUCGUUCUUCAAGACGGAGCUGGAGGAGGAACUACGCUCGCUCGGCGUGAACGCCGUCGUGGUGGUCGGGGCCAUGACCAACCUCUGCUGCGAGACCACGGCCCGGUCCGCCUUCUGCAGGGACUUCGAUGUCGUGUUCCUCGAAGACGGUAAUGCGACGAUGGAUGCGAAGUACCACGAGGCGACCUUGCUCAAUCUGGGUGUGGGGUUUGCGAAGAUCAUGACUGCGGCUGAGUGCGAGAACAUCUUCCAAUAACACUUUUUUGUUUGCCUUUUUGCUUCUUUUUUCCUUUUUCAUUUUUGCCUUCCCCCUUUUUUUUGCUUCUUUUCUUUUUUUUUCUUUUCAACCCCCUUCUUUCUCCUUUUUUUUUCAUUCCCAUGGAUUCCUCCUUGCAGAAGCUUCCGCUCUGCUGUGUACGUUGACGCUGAUGAGGAAUAGAAAACCGAUUGAUGAAAGAACUUCCCUGGAUGUCAUUUCUGUUUCCUUAGUUUUUUCUUUUUAGAAAAGAAAAAGCUAUUUUUACGCCAAAAGCUGGAUAUUAUUAAUCAUUAUUUAUCAUUUUUUAUUACUAUAUUUACCAUAAUGUAUCGCUUUACAAACGCGUUUCAGGCAUGCCAUCUACACGAACUUGAAGUUCUGCAACCCUAAAAUCAUCGAGUGACCAACCGGUAACAAGGAAAAUCCGAAUCGGCGAAGACUUCAGCUUGCCACAGCCAAGUCAUGAAAACGAAGCUGUAUUCACUUGUGACUUCGGAAAUCCUUGGGAUUUGGUCCCUUUUUUUUUUUUUUUUUUACUCCUGAAAUUUC